AUGGCAUAUCGACACGAACUAAUGUGUUUUCCAUUUUUAUUCUCAAUAAAGUGUACUGCAAAGGUGUAUUAUAUUAUCUUUUUUUGAACAACAAAGUUUGGGUAGGCUGGCUAUUCUUGGAUUCCACAAAUAAUAUUAUGUUUCCAUGACUUUUUGACAACCGUGUUUUCCCGCUAGGUGGCGAUGACUUCCACGUUGCAAAACCAUAACAUGUGAACGAAAGUUGGAUGUCACUUGCAUUUUGACAUAUUUAUAUUAUUAGUGACAUACAACAAAACAACGAUGACAGCAUCAACGAAUUCAGACCCUGGUGGUUCGAAAAAUCAGAUCAAAAUAUUUGCCAACAUAUUUAUAUCUUUUAUUGGUGCGGGUAUUUUGGGAUUACCCUAUGCUUUUAAAGAGUCUGGAAUACUUGAAGGUGCCUUUAUAAUGACUGCGGUGGGAAUUAUCAGUGUAAAAGCAAUGUUACUCAUCAUUGAUUGUAAAUAUAAAUUGAUGGGGAAGAAGACUGAUAAUAAUCAUAAAUCAUCGGUUAGUUUAGAUCAGGAUGGAUUAAAUGAAAAAGGUACAGGAGAAGAAUAUAAAGAACUUUUAAAAGAAGAAGAAAUGAUGAUAAGAAUUAAAGAUCCUCCUAAAACUGUUGGUGAUGGUUUGACAUACGGAGAUGUUGGUUACCAUGCAUUGGGUCAUGCAGGACGUUUUUUGGUGGAUAUGGCUAUUGUCAUAUCACAAACAGGUUUUUGUUGUGCGUAUCUGAUAUUUAUAGCUGAAAAUCUGUCUGACUACAUUAAAGGUUUCAGUAUAUCUAAUUGGUUAUUAAUCUUGUUACCUCCACUCAGUAUAUUAACAUUACUACGACAUUUAAAUAGUUUAGCUUUAUCCAGUUUAAUGGCACAGUGUUCUAACAUAUUUGCAUUUGGUGUUGUGUUUUGGUUUGAUUUUGAACAUCUUUAUAAAGUAAAAAUACAUCCAAAAGAAAUGUCUCUAAAGGGAUUUCCAUUUUUUUUAGCUAUAGCUAUAUAUUGUUAUGAAGGUGCUGGUAUGAUAUUAUCAUUAGAAUCUUCCGUACAUAUAGAAAAAAGGCAUAAAUUUAGAAAAAUAUUUAUUAUAGCUAUGUUCCUGGCUACAACACUCUAUAUAACAUUUGGGGCUUGUGGCUAUCUGUCAUUUGGUGCCGAGACCAACGCUAUAAUUACUUUAAAUCUUCCCAAAGGAAGGACAAUGGAUUUCAGUAUGAUUGUCAAGUCAGCUCUGUGUUUAGCGUUAUUAUUCACCUAUCCUGUAAUGAUGUUUCCUGUAAUGAAGAUAUUAGAAAGAUAUUUAAUAGCAGAUGCAGAUAAACAUUAUUGGAAAGGUAAUGUGUUACGAUGUUGUAUGGUAUUAUUAACAGGUCUAGUAGUUAUAUUAAUACCAAGUUUCUCUAAUCUAAUGGCAUUAAUAGGUUCAAGUUGUUGUACCCUGCUAGCAUUUAUAUUACCAGGAAUAUUUCAUCUAUAUAUAUUUAAAGGCGAUAUGAGUUUUUCACAGAAACUAUUCGAUUAUUUCCUGAUAUUUAUAGGAAUAGUAGGAACUAUUGUUGGAUUGUGGGAUGCAUUUAGAAGAUUACAUGAAGGUGAAGAGAAAGAUGAAGAUACGAUAAUUAGUACAACUUUAACGUCUGUAAUUAAUACAACUAUAAAUAAAAUACACGAUACUAAACAAACAACACAACAUCUUAUAUCUCCUAAAUUAUAAUACUUUAUCAUACAUCACUGACUAAUUAUACAUUAUAAUACUUUAUCAUACAUCACUGACUAAUUAUACAUUAUAAUACUUUAUCAUACAUCACUGACUAAUUAUACAUUAUAAUACUUUAUCAUACAUCACUGACUAAUUAUACAUUAUAGUACUUUAUCAUACAUCACUAAGACUAAUUAUAAAUUAUAGUACUUUAUCAUCAACCACUGAAUAAUUAUAAAUUAUUUAGAGUUUUAAACUUGAUAAAGACAUUCUCAGGUUUUGGUUUAAAUCUUUAAAAAGGUAAAAUAUUGUAUGUUAAGGUAAUCAGUGUUUUAAGUGACCUAAUGCAAUGUUAUGUAAUGUAUUUAAAGAGCACCUGAAUUAUAUUUUGUGUAAAAAUCACCAACACUACUAACAAACAGAAACACAAGCUUUGAAAAAUUGAUAUUCUCGGCUGACAUUUAAAAAAACAAAAAACACUUACUAUGGUGCAUGUAUUUUGCAUUACUGAGAAAAAUCGUUUAUAUUGUGUCUUAUGCCACUGAUUACAUACAGUUAAUAGAUAUAAUCUUUAUGCCACAUUUUGACAUAUUGCUUCUUGUGCAUAUCACAUUCUAGCCUGACAAAUAAUUAAUUUUGUAUCUUUUCAAGAUAUUGACUGAUAUUUGAGUCAAGUCAUAUAUAUAUAUUAUUUAUGAUUUACUUAUCUAUCAAACAGGUAUAGAAUGUUCAAAUAUUAAUAUACAGUAUUAGAAGCAAUACUUUUUUAAUUCUUUAUUUCAUGAGUUUUAUCUCAGUUCAAUAAAUUUUGAUAAAUAAUAUACUACAUGUUUGGCCAGUUAUUUUAUCAAUAAUUAAUUUACGUUUUAACAUUGUUAAAAUGUGGUUGUUUAUUACCCUGUGUGUGUCUUGGUCUGUGGACCACAUUAUGUACAUUAUUAAGAUAAGUACAUCUAUUGAAUUUCUGUGAAUUUUGAUUAUGAAUUCAAGAGUUAGUCUUUUAUCACAUUAUUGUGGAGAAACAUCAUUAUAUUUUGCUUUUGUUUAGAGAAAACACAAGGCAAAGAUUGUAAUAUUAGAGACUGUCCACUAGUUCUGGAUGAUAUUAAUUAUUAUUUUUUGUCUUUCUUGGUCGGGUUUUGUCCAUUUUUCAUAGACUGGAUUGGAGCAGUAUAAAUCCUGGUAUUCUUAUAUAUUGCUUUCAUUUAGUGAUGUCAGAUGUUAUGUAAAUUUCAUGUCUCCUCUUGCUCUCUAUCGCCAACAAUAUACUAUAUAUAUAAGUUUCUAUUUUCUAUUAUGUUUAUACAUGUGAUAUUAUAUUAUGUUCAUUUUUAUUAAUAAUCCCACCAUGCCAAUAUUGUCUUGUGUUCAGUAACACUCUGUGCAGGUUUUUUCUACAUUUAAAUUUAAUCAUUCGAGCAUGUGAUUUUACAAACUUAUUUUAAUUGUGUCAACUUAAAAAAUUACAUAAUUUAUCCCAAAUGACUUUCCGAAAAAGAAAAGUUAAUUUAUAGAUGCUGUUGACAGCUAAUAAAAAUUUGAUUAAGAAAGUUAGGUAUUCUUAUCAAUUUAAUUAAGAAAUUGAAAUGAUGAAAUUUGGGCAUUUCUGGCUCAUGUUUUAGUUAUUGGAGGAUCGUGACCUAUAGUUUCUAUCUAAUAAAACGAAUUUUGGAUCUAUUUGCACCAAAAACUUCUCUCACACGAUUUUUAAAAUAUUUUUAUAUUUUCAGAUUUUUUUUGUAAAAUGUAUGUUUGCCCCCAUGCCCUUAUCACCCACUGAGAGAAUUCAAAUUUUAGUCUUAAAAAAAUAGACUCUAAUGAAUAUUUUGAGCUGUAAUUUUAGAUUUGGUGUUUUCAUUAUAAUACUUAGAAAAGUACAAAGCCAGACAACUGAGUAACAUGCUUUUAACUAAUGUUGUAUAUUUAUGUAUAUAAACUUCAGUAAACUUUAUGUAAAUAUUUUUAUUAUAGAAAUUGAGAUUCAGUGUUAACCAAAUUCUAUUUCAGUUGAGUACCAAAGAUCUGAAAAGAUGGAGUCUCAGGUUCUAGAGAAGACCUUUCUUUUCUCAAUUGAUCGGCCAAUAAAAAACAAUUCGUUAGUCUGUAAAUAGUGGUGUAGUGCUAAACAGAGAAGUGGGGGAAUGCAUUUAGAAAGUGUUACUCAGUGGGGGUACUGGAGGGCAAAAGUGGUAAUGCUUCUUCCUCUGGCACUGCCAUUGUAUUUAUAGAUAUUUUUAGAGAAUGUGAUAGGAGCGGUUGCCAUCCUAUACGGAAGUGUUUUAUAAUAAGGUAAUGUGACAAUGCCACAAAAGCUCAUUACAUCAAAGUUUAUUUAUUACCUCUGUUAAAAGAAAAUACAAUUGACUCUUUCUCAUAUUCCUCUUGUGUGAGUGGAAAUUACUUGAAAUUGUGACGGAACACCGAUCGCCCUCCCAAAUAAAAUGAUAAAUUGAUGAUCCCACUGCGCUACACUACUGCAUAUAAUGUAUAUGAUCUUAUAUGGUCAAAAGUCCUGUAUAAUAUUAGGCUUUAGUCAUGUUUUUAAAGCCAAAAAGUGACAUGUUUAAAUUGUUCAACGAAUAACGUAAUUUUGGUAUCUUCAUAUUGUGCUUGUGAUUAUUACUGGUAAUGUUUGUUUCUGAUAUUCAGAAAUAUAUAUACUGAUGUUUAAAGAGAAGAUUAUUGUAGGAAUAAGUGACAAUUUCCUGGAAUAAAUAAAUGUUAUCGUAUUUCAUUAUUAUGUGUACAUAGGGGAGAAAAACAUUGUAUUGUUUGGUAUAUAAUUAUAAAAUAUAUAUUUAGACACGUCUAUGUGGUUUUUUUUGACAUUUUAUUAUUUGUAUGUAAUUAAUAUUGGUUUAUAUGUAUAUACAACAAACAUAAAUUAUAUUCAUGGUAAAAAGAUAUUUAUGAUAAUUUGUAAACAUAGUAUUAUAUUUACUUAAACAUUUUAAUUAUGUGUUAGAUUUAUGGGUCACUGCCAUCUCCCACAAAGGGAACAAUAUAUUUGACAAAUUAUAAUUUCCAAUAACCGUGCAUUAUGGCGCUCAGGUUAGUAAAUCUUUUUGUUUAAGUUCCUGUUUCACAAAGAACACAAAAAAACUCAUGUAUACAUAUACAUAAAAAAGUGUAAUUAAAGCAUUUGUAUAUUUUGGUGUGUAUGUUGAAAAGCUGUGACCUUUGGCAAUAUUCUUUUUAACGUAAAUAAAUCAUUUUACUAUACAA